AGCGGGGAGGAGCGGGACGCUGGCGGCCGGAACAUGGCGGACCAGAUCCCUCUGUACCCGGUGCGCAGCGCGACGGCCGGCCGCAAACGCGCGGCCUACUACAGCGCGGCGGGGCCCGGGCCGGGGGCCGAGCGGCCCAGCAGGUACCAGCUGGAAGAUGAGUCUGUCCAUUUGGAUGAAAUGCCACUGAUGAUGUCUGAAGAAGGCUUUGAGAAUGACGAAAGUGAUUACCACACGUUACCACGAGCUAGGACCUCGCAAAGAAGAAGAGGACUAGAGUGGUUUGUCUGUGGAGGAUGGAAGUUCCUCUGUACCAGUUGCUGUGAUUGGCUGAUAAAUAUUUGUCAAAGAAAGAGAGAACUGAAACCUCGCACAGUGUGGCUUGGAUGUCCUGAAAAGUGUGAAGAAAAACAUCCCCGGAAUUCUAUAAAAAAUCAAAAAUACAAUGUGUUUACCUUUAUACCUGGGGUUUUAUAUGAACAAUUCAAGUUUUUCUUGAAUCUCUAUUUUCUGAUAGUAUCCUGCUCACAGUUUGUACCAGCAUUGAAAAUAGGCUAUCUCUACACCUACUGGGCUCCUCUGGGAUUUGUCUUGGCUGUUACUAUCACGAGGGAAGCAAUUGAUGAAUUUCGGCGUUUUCAGCGAGACAAGGAAGUGAAUUCACAGCUGUACAGCAAGCUUACAGUAAGAGGUAAAGUGCAAGUUAAGAGUUCAGACAUACAAGUUGGAGACCUCAUCAUAGUGGAAAAGAAUCAAAGAAUUCCAUCGGACAUGAUAUUUCUUAGGACUUCAGAAAAAGCAGGUUCGUGUUUUGUUCGAACUGAUCAGCUGGAUGGAGAAACCGACUGGAAGCUGAAAGUGGCUGUGAGCUGCACACAAAGGCUACCAGCUUUGGGGGACCUUUUUUCUAUCAAUGCUUAUGUUUAUGCUCAGAAGCCACAGUUGGAUAUUCAUAGUUUUGAAGGCACAUUUACCAGGGAGGACAGUGAUCCGCCUAUACAUGAAAGUCUCAGCAUUGAAAAUACAUUGUGGGCAAGCACCAUUGUUGCAUCAGGUACGGUAAUAGGUGUUGUCAUUUAUACUGGAAAAGAGACUCGAAGUGUAAUGAACACAUCCAAUCCAAAAAAUAAGGUUGGUUUGUUGGACCUUGAACUUAAUCAGCUGACCAAAGCGCUGUUUUUGGCUUUAGUUGCUCUCUCCGUUGUUAUGGUAACCUUACAAGGAUUUGUAGGCCCGUGGUACCGCAAUCUUUUUCGGUUCCUCCUUCUGUUUUCCUACAUCAUUCCCAUAAGUUUGCGUGUGAACUUGGACAUGGGCAAAGCAGCGUACGGGUGGAUGAUUAUGAAAGAUGAGAACAUCCCUGGCACCGUUGUCCGGACCAGCACCAUCCCAGAGGAGCUGGGGCGCUUGGUGUAUCUGUUAACUGACAAAACAGGGACCCUCACCCAGAAUGAGAUGGUAUUCAAGCGGCUGCAUCUGGGCACUGUCUCUUAUGGAACAGACACGAUGGAUGAGAUCCAGAGCCACAUCAUGAAUUCUUACUCCCAGAUGUAUUCUCAAGCUAGUGGAAACAAUACUAGUUCAACUCCACCAAGAAAAGGCCAGUCUUCAGCUCCCAAGGUUCGAAAAAGUGUUAGCAGUCGAGUCCACGAAGCAGUGAAGGCCAUUGCCCUGUGCCACAACGUGACCCCUGUGUAUGAGUCUCGGGCUGGCGUGACCGGGGAGACCGAGUACGCCGAGGUGGACCAAGAUUUCAGUGACGAGAACCGCACCUACCAGGCCUCCAGCCCCGAUGAGGUGGCCCUGGUGCAGUGGACGGAGAGCGUCGGCCUCACUCUCGUCAGCAGAGACCUCACCUCCAUGCAGCUGAGGACGCCCGGUGGCCAGAUCCUGACCUACUGCAUCUUGCAGAUGUUCCCCUUCACCUCGGAGAGCAAGCGCAUGGGGGUCAUCGUCAGGGACGAGUCCACGGCAGAAAUCACGUUCUACAUGAAAGGCGCUGACGUGGCCAUGUCCACCAUCGUCCAGUAUAAUGACUGGCUGGAGGAGGAGUGUGGAAACAUGGCCCGCGAAGGUCUGCGCACCCUCGUGGUUGCGAAGAGGGCACUCACAGAAGAGCAGUACCAGGAUUUUGAGAGCCGAUACAGUCAGGCCAAGCUGAGUGUCCAUGACAGGAUGCUCAAGGUGGCUGCAGUGGUGGAGAGUCUGGAGCGGGAGAUGGAGCUGCUCUGCCUCACGGGGGUGGAGGAUCAGCUGCAGGCGGACGUGCGGCCCACACUGGAGAUGCUACGGAACGCAGGCAUCAAGAUAUGGAUGCUCACGGGCGAUAAACUUGAGACAGCCACUUGCAUUGCCAAAAGUUCACAUUUGGUGUCUAGAACACAAGACAUUCACACUUUCAGACCAGUAACCAGUCGGGGAGAGGCCCAUUUGGAGCUGAACGCCUUUCGAAGGAAGCAUGAUUGUGCCCUGGUCAUAUCUGGGGACUCCCUGGAGGUCUGCCUGCGGUACUACGAGCACGAGCUCGCGGAGCUGGCCUGCCAGUGCCCCGCCGUGGUGUGCUGCCGCUGCUCGCCCACCCAGAAGGCCCGCAUCGUGAAGCUGCUGCAGCAGCGCACGGGGAAGCGCACGUGCGCCAUCGGUGACGGAGGAAACGACGUGAGCAUGAUCCAGGCGGCCGAUUGUGGGAUCGGGAUUGAAGGGAAGGAGGGGAAGCAGGCCUCCUUGGCGGCGGACUUCUCCAUCGCGCAGUUCAGGCACAUCGGCAGGCUGCUGGUGGUGCACGGGCGGAGCAGCUACAAGAGGUCCGCGGCACUCGGCCAGUUCGUCAUGCACAGGGGCCUCAUUAUCUCCACGAUGCAGGCUGUGUUCUCCUCCGUCUUCUAUUUCGCGUCUGUCCCUCUGUACCAGGGAUUCCUCAUGGUCGGGUACGCGACCAUAUACACCAUGUUCCCCGUGUUCUCUCUAGUGCUGGACCAAGACGUGAAGCCCGAGAUGGCCAUGCUCUACCCGGAACUCUACAAGGACCUCACCAAGAGACUCCAGAAAUGUUUGCUUCAGUGCUGCCUCCCAGACGUGAGGGGACAGCUUUUCAUGUACGAACGUGAAACGGGAUGAGCAGACCUAAAGUCGUAGGCCAUCGGUGUCCUGGUAUCUAAGCUGAGUUUAGGUCCCCGCAGGUCAGCCCGGGUGAUGAGGCCAUGCGGUCAGGGGGAGGACAGAGUGUAAACGCAGGCUUCAGCAGGGAUGGGAAGCGAGGCACGAGGAGGGCUCGUGUGCUCACCGUUUGCGGGGAUGUAGGUUGUACCCACAGCAUCUUUCCUACAGCAUCUAAGUUACUCCAGGAACAGGUGUGUUUACAGGUGACAGGUUUCUACCUUGAGUAGUGUUUUGAGAGGUUCGGUGGAUUCGACCAGAGACGUAAAAAGAAACUUUCCAACCCAAACGAGUGGACUAAAUGUAUAUUUUAUUAUAUAGAAGAAAGUAAAGGCGAUAGCCCGCAAACAGAUCCGAAUAGGUCAAAUAACAAGAGGGAAAUGACACAAAUUGAUUGGAAAGGGAAACACCAGAUCGACUGAAGGGAAAUAACACAAAUCAACCAGAAAGAGAAGCACCAGGUUGACCGAAAAGAGAACACAUCAGAUCGGUUACGCACAACAUUCACGCCCUUGCACCAGGGAGAGUCCCUUCAAUUGAUACGGCGAGGCAGGAGUCCGAUCGUCAGAGGCCCUGGGCAAGGCGUCCCCUCCACAGGUGAGACUCUCACCAGGCCUCAGUUUCCAGCAGUUUAUAUAGUAUCAUUAAUCUCCAGAGUAAGCAGUUACAGACUUUGCAGAGCAAGCAUUUAGUGUUCCCAUGCACAAAUGGUUAUCAGUUGCGUACGAGCACUGAGCCCCCUGGCUGUCGUCCCAGCCAGGCACAGAUGAUGGCCAGUCCGUCUCAAGCUACGAUGCCCAAAGAGCCUUGUAAUGUUACAAUUUGCAACCAUCUCUGUGGGAGAAGGGCCAG